AUGAUCUUGGAUUUGACGAAUUAUAGAGAGUAUCUCCGCAAGAAAUUUGCAGAGUCUUUUGUAUCUUGCUCCUCUGACCAAGACCCUAUCAUUGGAUUCUUAGAGGCUGUUGCACUCAGCCCCAAGCAUCUCAAGCCCAAUGAAGUUAUGAAGGGAAGCUCAAGUGGCCCUGCAUCUUUGUCUGUGCUUGCCAAGCAUAAGUAUGCUCUUAAAUCUGGCAAGAACAGCAUCCUCCACAUCAAAGUGAAUUUCAAGAUGGAUGCCUCAUAA